UUGUCUAUUACACAUUGCAGUUUUACUAGUUUCAUAGAAUAGUUGUUUUGUUUAUUCCAACUUACCAACUUAUAGACUUCACAUAACAGUUUAAAAGUUGUUGUGGCAAUUCGCAUUGCUUAGUGGGUGGUGAAUGCAAGGCAUAAUAAGGUGACUAUGUUGUUGUACAAAAGCCAAGAAGCAUAGGUAAUUGGGCAAUAUUGCAAGAUGAUUCGCAACGUUAUAAAAAUCUUUGACCUUCCUGUAGUGUUAGCGAAAUCACAGCAAAUUAAAACAAUAUUCAGUGGCGUAAAUAAAAAUUUAUCCACUGAUUCGAAAUAUGAUGGAAAUAAUGAAUCAUUUAUUGGAAGGCCGCUAUAUUUGGACGCCCAAGCCACAACCCCUUUGGAUCCUCGAGUCUUAGAUGCUAUGCUUCCUUAUUUUACCUGUUAUUAUGGAAACCCACAUUCUAGAACUCAUGCUUAUGGUUGGGAAACAGAAAAAGCAGUAGAAAAGGCUAGAUCUCAAGUGGCUAAUUUAAUUGGAGCUGAUCCUAAGGAAAUAAUUUUUACAUCAGGGGCAACUGAAUGUAACAAUAUUGCUGUCAAAGGAGUUGCUAGAUUCUAUAAAUCUAAAAAGAAACACAUUGUAACUACUCAGACUGAACACAAGUGUGUAUUAGAUUCAUGUCGAGCUCUAGAGGCUGAAGGUUUUUCAGUAACAUAUUUGGCUGUAAAUCAUAAUGGAAUAAUUUCAUUAGAAGAACUUGAUAAAGCUAUCACUCCAGAAACAUCUCUUGUUUCUAUUAUGACUGUUAACAACGAGAUAGGUGUAAAGCAGCCUGUCAAUGAAAUAGGUCGAUUGUGUCGUAAAAAAAAAGUAUUCUUUCACACUGAUGCAGCCCAAGCUGUUGGUAAAAUACCUAUGGAUGUUCAAAGUAUGAAUAUUGAUUUAAUGUCAAUUAGUGGACACAAGAUAUAUGGCCCAAAAGGUAAAAUUAAUAAUAAAAGAACUCUAUUCAAAUGUUACUGCAUGUAA